AUGUAUAAUUGGGGUACUUGUUCAUGGCAUAUUCGUUUCUUACUUGAUUCGAAAACAUUUUAUAUCUAUCUAUCUAUCUAUCUAUCUAUCUAUCUAUCUAUCUAUCUAUCUAUCUAUCUAUCUAUCAGCCUGUCCAGAUCUAUCUAUCUAUCAGCCUGUCCAGAUCUAUCUAUCUAUCUAUCUAUCUAUCUAUCUAUCUAUCUAUCUAUCAGCCUGUCCAUAUCUAUCUAUCUAUCUAUCUAUCUAUCUAUCUAUCUAUCUAUCAGCCUGUCCAUAUCUAUCUAUCUAUCUAUCUAUCUAUCCCUAUCUAUCUGUGACGCCUGUCCAGAUCUAUCUAUCUAUCUAUCUAUCUAUCUAUCUAUCUAUCUAUCUAUCUAUCAGCCUGUCCAGAUCUAUCUAUCAGCCUGUCCAGCUAUAUCUAUCUAUCUAUCUAUCUAUCUAUCUAUCUAUCUAUCAGCCUGUCCAGAUCUAUCUAUCUAUCAGCCUGUCCAGAUCUAUCUAUCUAUCUAUCUAUCUAUCUAUCUAUCUAUCUAUCUAUCUAUCUAUCUAUCAGCCUGUCCAGAUCUAUCGAUCUAUCAGCCUGUCCAGAUCUAUCUAUCUAUCUAUCUAUCUAUCUAUCUAUCUAUCUAUCUAUCUAUCUAUCUAUCACUAUUCAUUAACUAUCUCUUCAUUAUCUAUGUUCAUAUUUAUCUCACCCGGUUAGCAACUAGCCUAGCUAUCAAAGACCUUUAUCUGUUUAUAUCAAUCUUUCUUUCUUUUUUUCUUUCUUUCUUUCUUUCUUUCUUUCUUUCUUUCUUUCUUUGCAUUUAUCUAGUUAGCUAUCAAAGUAUCGUCUUUUGUCCCUCUCUAUCUUUCAAAUUCAAUGAGAUGUUUCACAUGAUAUCGUAUUGUCUCGUUUGCCUGAAAUAA